AAAAAUUUUCAAGGAGAACUAUUCCUGACUUCUUCGCUUCCACCUGGAGACGAGUUUUGUACCCUGCUUGUAGCCAAGGAUCAAUUUGGACAAGAGAGGAGUGUCCCGGUAGCGAUAAACACAGGUGGUCCGCGACGUGAAUGUGUUAAUUUUGACACUACUGGUUUGUCAUCUUCAACUUAUCAUGGACCCCAUCGUGGAUCCGUUGGACCUUGGUUUCCGCUAGGACCACCAACUUCGACCCCAGCUGAACCAUUCACGACAUACACAGUACAACCAGAACUUCCACCUUCUACCCCACGUUCGCCAUGGGAAACAGAAAGCCCACCACCCGAUGACACGACCACAGCAGCAACGACCACACGGACAACUGUCACAACGACUUCGCGGACAACUGAGACAAGCGAUGAAGCUAGUACUGAUGUAACUGCAACGGAGGAACCAAGCCUUCCGUACACUACACCACCUUCUUCUGACAUUGAGACAACUGUCACUACCCGAACGUACGUCACAUUUCCAAGGGAACCAUUCCCUAUACCAUCUGAAACUGUCUCACCUGAAAGCCAGAAUACGGACGCUAGUCUCGUACCUACCGAAGAGGUCAUUCCUACCAUAACCAUAACUUCCGAAUCAGGUGUCUUACCUGACGCAAACGAAAUUACUAGCACAACUGGCUCAGCUGAAGAAGCUGAAACUACGCUUGCUGUGAUUAUGCCUGAUUCAUCUCCAGAAACUUUACCUCCGUCUUUGGAGACUGUUACCGAAAGCGCACCUCCACUUGUCACUGUCACACCGGAUUCACACCCAUCACCUAUGACUCGCCCAACAUCAUUUGUCACCAGUGAUAACUUUCCGAUUCCUCUGCUGCCACUGAACACUAAAGCUUUACCCGGAAGUUCGUCUACUUUGCAGCCUAGCUCUCCUGAAGUUACCUUGGAGCCAACCUUGGAGCCAACAACAGAGAAUGAAUUCACAGUUUCGGUUACACCAGAUACAUCCCUUGUUACCGUAACAGCAUGGCCAACGGAGAUGGCUACUCAUUCCAUCACUGCGGAUCACACAUUGAGUUCCCUAAGUUCUGGCACAGAGUUGGAGGUGGAGUCUAGUGAUGUUACCACACUCUCGUACGAGUUGACUUUUCCACCUCCUAUGGAAAUAACGACAGUAACUUCAGAUGAAUAUUUUAGCACCGAUAGCACAGGAUACUUGGAAGGUACUUCCACGGUGACUCCUGCCGAUAUAACUACUCAAGCCGAUUUACCGCCCAUUCUGCCGCCUAUUGUCAUUCCAACGGGUUCAGCUUACAACUAUGGAACUACUACUACAGUUGUGACCACUAAAGGAAAAACAACAUUGGAUCCAUACUAUGGAGUAGCAUGCUCAAAACGUGGUGAACCAAUUUGGGAUCUAAUCUGUGAGCUGAGCAAAGCUUCAGUUAGGAAAGAUUGA